UGCCAAACUUCAUCAACAAGUGGUUGCGAAAUCUCAACUCUUUCUUCUCCACUAACACCAAACGGGUUAUCUUCCAAGAACCAAGAAGAAAACCAAGAAGCUAGCAAAGAACAGGGACCCCCAUGAAGGAGGACUGCAAGUUAUGGAUUCCUCUGACCACCUUCGUGUUCAUAAUAACGAUGGUGGUCACUGAAAAGCGCAUACCCACCACUCUAGAAGGCCCAUUUGAGCCUGUGACUCGUCGCUUCGAUCCGUCUUUGCGUAGAGGCAGUGACGACUUGCCAAUGGAUGAUCCCAGGCUCAAGAAAAACGUCACCUCAAACUUCCCAGAACAGAUAGCUCUUGCCGUUUCUUCGCCAACUUCAAUGUGGGUUUCUUGGGUUACUGGGGAUGCUCAGGUUGGUUCGAAUGCGACCGAGCUUGAUCCUUCGUCGGUUGCGAGCGAGGUGUGGUAUGGGAAAGAAAGUGGCAAGUAUGCGAAAGUAGCGAAAGGGGCUUCCACUGUUUACAGUCAACUGUACCCGUUUGAAGGCCUCCUCAAUUACACGUCUGGGAUCAUUCACCAUGUGAGGCUUAAAGGUCUCAAACCUAAAACAAAAUAUUAUUACAAGUGUGGGGAUAGCUCUAUUCCGGCUAUGAGUGAAGAGCAUGUCUUUGAAACUUCUCCAAUGCCUAGCCCAAACAGUUAUCCCCGUCGGAUAGCAGUUAUUGGAGAUUUGGGACUCACGAGCAAUUCUACCACAACCAUUGAUCAUUUGAUUCAAAAUGAUCCUUCAAUGAUUUUAAUGGUUGGAGACCUGAGUUAUGCCAAUCAGUACCGUACAACUGGUGGAAAAGGAGCUGCAUGCUUCUCAUGUGCAUUCCCUGAUGCGCCUAUCAGAGAAAGUUAUCAACCUCGCUGGGAUGGGUGGGGAAGGUACAUGGAGACAUUAACCUCAAGACUUCCUAUGAUGGUCAUCGAAGGCAACCAUGAGAUUGAGCCUCAAGUUGCUGGGAUCACGUUCAAAUCUUAUUUGACAAGAUUUGCAGUUCCCUCAGCAGAAAGUGGCUCUAAGAGUAAUUUAUACUACUCGUUUGAUGCUGGAGGAGUACAUUUUAUCAUGUUGGGAGCAUAUGUUGACUAUAACAGUACUGGUGCUCAAUUUUCUUGGCUAAAGAAAGAUCUUCUUAGAGUAGACCGCACUGUGACCCCUUGGCUCGUGGCAGCAUGGCAUCCACCUUGGUAUAACAGCUAUUCUUCACACUAUCAGGAAUUUGAAUGCAUGAGGCAGGAAAUGGAAUCAAUUCUGUAUCAAUAUGGUGUUGAUAUUGUUUUUUCUGGUCAUGUGCAUGCCUAUGAGCGCAUGAACAGAGUAUAUAACUACACAUUAGAUCCAUGUGGGCCUGUGUACAUAACAGUUGGAGAUGGUGGAAAUAUUGAGAAAGUUGAUGUUGAUUUCGCAGAUGACCCUGGAAAGUGUCCUUCAGCUGGAGACAACACACCGGAAUUUGGAGGGCUAUGUCAUUUGAAUUUUUCUUCUGGUCCUGCUAAAGGCCAGUUUUGUUGGAACAAACAACCAGAGUGGAGCGCAUAUAGAGAAAGCAGCUUUGGGCAUGGAAUACUAGAGGUUGUGAAUUCUACAUAUGCGUUAUGGGCUUGGCACAGGAAUCAAGACAUAUAUAAGGAGGAAAGUCAUGGCGAUCAAAUAUACAUCGUGCGGCAGCCUGAAUUGUGUUCUACAGUUUCAAAACCCUCUCUUCUGCACUCUCCACCUUCCCUCCUUCCUUCUUUAUCACUCUCUGCCGCAUGUUGCCACCACCACUCUCAAUUGAUGUUCUCUUUCUUCUCACCAGUCAUAGGGGUUCUUUGUCUCUUUGUCACUUUCAGGCAAUCUCUCUGUCCCUUUCUCUAUAUCUUAAUGGGGAAUUAGGUGCUCUCUCUGCCCCAACUACCAGCUCUGCUCAGUAUAAUUGUUUGGUUAAUUGAUGCAGGACUACCCAGAAUUGCUUGGAUUUUAUUUAUAUAUCUUUUUGAAAUAAAAAAAAAUUUGGGCAUUUGUAAAUAGAAUGUUGGUUUUUCAACUUUUUUGGCAAUCUGAUUUCUUGGACUUGCUGCGUUGCGUUGUUAAUGAAACCAAAAAAGACAUGGAUUGGAAUGAAAUUAGUGAGAGAUGCUAAUAAUAUCUGUUGAGAUCA